CGGUAUAUUCCGACGAACGUUGUCCGUCGGUAAUAUCCGACGAACGUGGUUCGUCGGUAUAUUCCGACGAACAAUGUUCGUCGGUAAUUUCCGACGCCCAAAGUGCGUCGGAAUAAACCGAGGAACACUCUACGUCGGAAUUGUCCGACGAACGUUCUUCGUCGGUACGUUGUUUUCCGAUGAACUCUGGUCUCGUGUAUCCGCAUCGUAAUAUCGUCGGAAGUUCGUCAGAAUGACGUUUCUCGGUAUUCGUCAGAAAGUCGUCGGAAGUUCUGACGAAAUUCCGACGAAUUUUUUUUUUCCGACGAAACGAUACCGACGGACGGGUUCGUCGGAAAUUCGUCGGAAUCGGUCUAUUCCGACGAAUUUCCGACGAUUUCGGCCAUCAGAAUCCCCCUGUUUUCUUGUAGUGUGUUUCUGAAAAAACUCAUAUUUAUUUAUGAUUCUCUUGAAACAGUGAAUGAUAAAAAGUAUUGGUAGGAGUAAUAGAGUAGUGGACGAAAAUUUCGUGGAUGAAAAAAUUGUGGACGGUAAUUUUGUGGAUGGAAGAGUUGUGGACAACAUAGCAAGCACAUCAUAGCGGUACCAAUGGUGACCUUGUUUGAUGCUCGACGAAUUCCAUCAUGUAUUCCACCAAUCCUUCACAAUGUCCUUUAUUUUAUCGUGCUCAUCAAUUAUAUUCUCUAUCCAUAGUUCAAGUUGAGAAAGAUACUAUGACAUAAUUGAGUUGAGGAAGUCUAGUUCCAACUGUAAAGAUUGUCCAUCCAUAAUUUUAAAACACAAGAGAAUUUGUAAUUCAUACAUUAGUGUUUCUUCAAUAGCUACUAGCAGAGAUAUUCUAAAAAAAAGAAUAAAAUAGAAGGAUUUCCAUUAAAGUACAAAACGUUGUCUUCAAAUUUGGGAAAAUAGCAAUUCCACCAUUGACUACCAUGGUGAAAAGGACGGAGUUGGUUUGAGGAGUUAUGAUUUUCUCAAUUACACUAAAAAUCUGUAAUUUAAAGAUUUUUAAGCUCAACCAUUUAAAUUAGGAUUUCAGUGAGUAUUUAUAGUAUUGUGGAAGAAGAGGUUGAUUAGUGAAACAAGAAAGAAAAUGAUUUAACGAAAUCAAAAGAUUAGAUAAGAAAAAAGUUAGGAUUCUUUGUUUAAGUGGAAUUAGAAAAAUAUCUAGUUAAUAGAUUUGGUUGGAAGGGAAAAUUGGGAAAUUAGCCAUCAAAAAGUGCUCUAGAAGCACAAAGUGACUUAUUCUGUAAUUGAAAAAUCAAAUAGUGUGUAAAUGUAAUUUUCACUUUCUUAAGUAUAAUAUUUACAUAAUUAAUAAUUGGUACACAUAGUUUUAGGUACACUUUGAGUUCGUAAGCUAUUACAUUUGUUUUUGGAUCACCAAAUUUCCAAAUAUGCACAAAUACAUGUAAAAUUAUAACAAUGGCAAUCACUGAAAUAUAUUUACUAACUAAAGGGCAAUUUAAAACUUUAUAUAAGAGUGCAUGAAGUAAUGACAUGUCAGCAUAGAAAAAAAUGUAAAUAAUACACCAUUUAAAAGUUAUUUUCUAAAAAUGUUUCUCUUCUAAUAUAUAAUAUAUAUAUAUAAGGGAUGUGAUUGAGAAAUUACCUAACUAAGACAAUAUUUUGUUUGAAUUUGAAAAUUCAAGCCAUGAAAUCAAUUAAUUCCAUACAAAAAUAGUUUGACUGUUGACAAAAAAAUAGUUUGGUUUAAGUAUUAAUUUUAGGAUAAGUAGUAUAUGCAUUACCUUAUAAUAUCCUAUAUAAUAAUAUUUCUUAGAUAAUCAUGUGUAUUAGUCUCCUCAAACAACAUAUAUCAAUCAACGGUUUAUAUAAAUAAUCACAAAGGUUUUGUCUAGUUCACUGGAACUUUUUGACCCUAUGGCUCGAUCAUCAGUACAUGUUUCAUAUGCAACAGUACCAAUGGUUAUUGUCAUGACGGUUUUAUGUUUGUUUCUAGCAAAUAAUGUGACCCAUGCCCGAAUGCCAGCCACUUACUAUGUUGGAGGCGUGUAUGGUUGGGACCCGAUUAUUCCAAUGGACACUUGGGCACGAGGCAAAAUCUUCUACGCUGGUGAUAUUCUCGAAUUUAAAUACGAUUAUCUGACAAGCAAUGUGAUGGUGGUAAAUCGUACUGGCUAUGAAACGUGUAUAGCAAACGAGGGUGCGAAAGAGUACACAUCGGGGGACGCUAGGAUCAGCCUUCCAUAUGGUCUUAGCUACUACAUCGGGACAUAUGAUGCUUCUGAUUGCUCAGCUGGCUUAAAGAUGGCCAUAAGAGCAAUUAGUUGAAAUAAGUAAUUAGUUGAAAGUGAAAUUAUUAAUGCAUUUUUUUUUGUAAGUCAAUUCACUCAAACGCUCAUAUGAAUAAAAAAGUUAUCUCAUAACUUUAUCAUGUUGUAUGCGAUUUCGUUCUUUGUUAUUCUCCAAACAUUAUUCAAGAAUUUAUUUCCUCAGAUUUGUUAAUGUGCGAUCGUCACAUUCAUUUCUUACAAAAUAAAAAAUGGCUUUUAAAAAUAAUGACAUAAAAUCAAAUUAACUGUGACCUGAAAAUGUUACUUAUAUAGAUUUAUAUUUUUGUCGAGAUUCUAAAUAUGGUAACAACUCACAUAUAUGUUACGCAAAUUUAAAAUAAUUGUAUAAUCACUAUAUUAAUAAAUUGAGAACUAAAAUUUUCAAAUUUAUAUGGAAAAUCUCUAAAUAUUUAUAUUGAAGUUACUUUUUAAUAAAUUUAAUGUUAUAAUCACUAUAUUCAUUGUUAUAAAAAUGGUAUGAUUUUAAAAAAAAAACUAUGACCAGACAAAGUUAAAUGUGACAUUGGCAGUUUAUGAAUGAAUGUAAAAUUAUAUUCAUCAAAAUCAGUUGGUACAUCUAGUGCAUACCUGUUUUUGUGUUGCAUCACUUUUUUUUUUGAUAAGUAGUUUCAUUAUCAAGAUAAUGACAUUGGGGAUACAAAUAGUUUUUGCAAGCAAAACCUACUGCAUCAAUGGAUGCUAAUUAAAGCAGAGGUCAAAACAAAGCCCCAAAAAAAGCUAAAAAAGACUUUGUAAGAAAAACAAGGUUUAAUCUAAUCCCUAACGCUAAGAGUAAAGCUUAACAAAAACGAAAUUCCUAGCAGCUAUGAAAUUCCAGUAGAACGGUACCUGCAACAAGAGUGAUGAUCAACAGAGCAGAACAGCCGGAGAACAAUACGAGGACCCGCAUAUUGUCCCGAAGGCGACUCCGAACGAGCAACAGGCGAAGCAGGGGUGACUAGGUCCUGGUCCGGCCAUCACACAAAGAAGUCCACUCCAGUUGCAUCACUUUACAAACGAGAUAGUAUAGAUUUAGCAUCUACUAGCGAACCAACACAAGAGGAUGGAACCAUAUCUCUUGUUGUCUGAUUACGUCAGCAAACAUAGCCAAUUCCUAUUGUUUUUGUCAAUGAUUUUCCCAAGAUUUUGUGGUUGAGUUGGAGCUUCACCAUGCUGCCGCUGGUUCCUUCCCUCCAGAGUGAGUGUACUGCAAUUGAUUGGACUUUCAUUGUGUUGUCUUAGAUGAUCUCUACUAUGUCUGGCGAGCAAGUUGAGUGUUUCAUCGUCCUACAUUAUCUCUACACGAGAAGCCCAGACGAGUAAGGAGUCAUAAAUGCAGAAGAACAGACCGAGUCCUAAGCAGUACUCACUGUGGCUUGAUAACCAAAUAGAGGAUCAGAUCUGGAAAGGAAUAAAUGCCACAUUGGAUGAUUACGAUCUUGUCGAGAGAGGAAAAAGAGUUCAGACCAGUUAUUAUCCUCUAAUGGUUCAAAUUGGAUUAUCUUUGACACAAGAGAACUUAUAAGCUCCACAUGUGUUUGUUUCUUUUUUUUUAAAGGAUUUUGAGUUCUCUGGCAGAUCGAGUCAAUACAUAUACAUUUUGUUCUCAAUGAGUUUUGGUCAUUUAUAGUGACAAUAUCUCUAUCUUACAUACAUAUCAUGUAAAUCCAGAUCUAUAUACAUCGGUCAUAUUCAAUCCAAAGCGUAUUUACAUAGAA